CCAUCAAGACUCCUCUCUGAAACCCUGCCCACAUUUGUAUUGUUUGCUCUGCAGAGAACAUCACGCCUUUAAAUAUUCUUCCCUCCCGUCCUCCUCUCUUCAUCCUACUCCAGCACUCAAGCAAUCAAAAAGACUGAAGAGUCAACGGGAUCAACGAUCGCUGAACACCGAGGAAAGCGGUCAGUUUUGUAGACUGGAUGCACCAAUAGCACAUUGCUAUAUUCGUGGUCGACUUUCUCCUCCCAGCACCUCAGCACUCUUGUGUGAGAAUUGCAGCGAUUGUCCAGCUGGUCACUAGCCUUGGAAAAGCUGUUAUCCGAAUACUGCGCGGAAAGAGGGUGGCGAAGAAGAGCGAGUAGGCUGAAGAUACAAGUUUGUUGGAAAAUAAUAUAUAUUUCAUUUGGAACAUUUUUAAGUUUAGUUCACAAUGUCUCUGUCUGUACCCCAUAAUGGAAUCAAGGCGGAUAACGAACCCGUUAUCGAGCUCUUUGUGAAGGCGGGAAGUGAUGGCGAGAGCAUUGGGAACUGCCCCUUCUCCCAGAGACUCUUCAUGAUCCUGUGGCUGAAGGGAGUGGUCUUCAACGUCACCACAGUGGACCUGAAGAGGAAGCCUGCAGACCUCCAGAACCUGGCCCCAGGCACACACCCUCCCUUCAUCACCUUCAACGGGGAGGUCAAGACAGACGUCAACAAGAUAGAGGAGUUCUUGGAGGAUGUCCUCAGCCCACCCAAGUUCACCAAGCUUAGUGCCAGACACCCUGAGUCCAACACAGCUGGGAUGGACAUCUUUGCCAAGUUCUCAGCCUUCAUCAAAAACUCAAAACCCAAUGCCAACGAAGGUCUAGAGCGUGGGCUGUUGAAGACCCUGCAGAAGCUGGAUGAGUACCUGCGCUCCCCACUGCCCGACGAGAUCGACCACAACAGCAUUGAGGACGUCAAGACCUCCACUCGCAAGUUCCUGGAUGGUGACAACAUGACACUGGCUGACUGCAACCUUCUUCCCAAGCUGCACAUCGUCAAGGUGGUGACCAAGAAGUACAGAGGCUUUGACAUCCCCAAGGACAUGAUAGGUAUCUGGCAGUACCUGCAGAACGCCUACACACACGAGGAGUUCACCAACACCUGCCCCAGUGACAAAGAGAUCGAGAUCGCCUACCAAGACGUGGCCAAGAGGCUGAUCAAAUAGGCCCCCCCCCCUUACACCCAACACUGGGACUGGUCUGUUUAGACACGAGAAAGAAAACUAUGGACUACCUUUCCUUCUCUCCUAAUUUAGAGCAAACACAAUGCAUGAGCUCCUUUGUUCUUACUUUUCCCUUUUAUUUUUGGAGAUCUCUUGAGUACAUGAAGCAGCUCAGAAAGUUUACUGACGGUCCAUUGUUUAUAACUUUUUUUAGGUUUUCUCUUUGAUAUGAUGAUUUGAAUGGCGAUCUCUCAGAUCAGACGCAGGCUGGUGUGUAUCAGAGCUUAUCAGUGUUGGAGGGCAAUCUAAACACACUCCUUAUGAAGUGGCCUUCCGGCUGACCCUCUGUCUCCUCAUGGGAAUAUGGUCACAACCUGUGUUUUUCCGUUCAGCUGUUCAAUAUUCAUUUGCUAUUUAGGCUUGCUAUGAAAGUGAAAAUUACAAGGCUGAAAUUGUGUUUUGUGUUUUGGCUACAGAGUUGAUUUAUGCAGUGUUGAAAGAUUCAGUGUUUUUGGCUCUAGAGGAUAAAUGAAGGCAGGUUUCACUGCAUGUAGACAGACGCUAGGCCAAACCACCGAGUUUGACAUACUGGUGCGAUAUGCUUCAUUUUACUGUUGCGUUGCUUAAGUCAAUUGCAACAACUAUAAUAGAAGUAAGGCUACAUGUUUUCCAUGCUCUGAUACCAUUUUCCUCCUUGACCUUAUGCUGAGCUCAGUCAGGGCUUUCCGAGAUGUACCUGUAGCAGGUGCUUGGAUGAGAUGUUUUCAGCUCAGGACAAUGGAACCUGAGAUUAAUGAAAUAUGUAGCAAUGAAAUAUUAGAUCAUAUCUAGCAGAAAAAAACAACCAUUUAGACUUCAUCACUGCAUUGCCUCACAUCACUGCUCCAUAUAGACACUGACACUCUGGGCAGUGAAGCUCUAUUUUACCAGAAAUAACAUCUGUUUUUUAUUUUCUCCUGUAAAGCAUGAAGAGAAGUCUUUAGCUUGUGUUGUUCUGGCAGCAGUGGUAGCUUAUAUUAUACUUCAGCCACCAAAAAGGGCACAUUCAUUCUGGUCUCACUGUGGAUUGAAUGACUCCUGCUAUCUAAACUAGUGAAGUAUAAAAACCACACACUUUCCCUUUCUCCCAUAGAAUACAGAGGAACGGUAAUGUGCAUCAGGGAAGAUGACACUAAAGAUAUUUAUGAGAAAAGGAAUCGGGGAGAGGAGAAUGGUAAUAUAAUGAAUAUCAUGUAGGAUUUCAUUUUCUCAUUAUUUCAAAUGCUCUCAAAAGGUAGUGAAUGUAUUCUUUCGUAGUUCCAAAAUGCUUUAGUGUGGAUAAAGCAAAAAUAUAUAUUGUUUUUUAUCUCCUCGUGUUUUGCCGCCAUCUUUUCAGACAUUUGUUGUAAUACACAUUUCAUAAAAGGAAUUGUAAAUAUUUGUUUUGAUUAUUCAGAAUUCAAUGUGUACAUUUUGUACACUUAUUGGUUUGAUUUUGGGGAAAAUAGGCAUUUUUUACCUGCUUGGGUUUUAAUACUAGAAGACAUCUCCUUUGGCCUUUUUUAUUUUCUCCUGCGCAGUUUUUCCAAAAUCACUGUAAUGACGUGUAUGUCAAUGUCAGAAGAAAAGAUCCAGAUUUUUUUUUAAAGAAUAUUGAUUUUAUUGAAAUAAACCUCUUAUUGGCACUCUGGUUUGUAGCUGUGAUUGCUAGGGGCUGUUCCAGAACGCAGGAUCAAUAAGUUCUAAAAUCAGUUACCUAGAGGGCCUACAUGUCAUUAUGUUAUGGGUGAUUGAGGGGAGACAGAGCAGGGGGGAGUAUACUCCAAAGCAAGAUCAAUGCAUUAGCCAGCUAACUUCCCUUAAUAUUCUGAAAUCACUUAAUAUUUUUUCACAAAGAUGGACCAUGCCCAUUUCAAGGUUAACUGCUUCAACAACCAAAAAUACAUAUCUAAGUUUAGCUUUCUUAAUGAGUUAGAGAGGUAUCUUUGGUCAACUCUGAUCGGGAUAACCGGGUCAUAUGGAGGUGGCUCACCUUUUAGCCAGGUAAAUUUAUAUGGCAACGAAUCCUUCAGAACUAACCUGCUCACAGCUAACUCCACCAGUGGAGUCUGGUGGGAGGAGCUAUAGGAGGACAGGGUCAUUGGAAUGUAAUAAAUGGAACUGAGUCAAACAUGGUUUCCAUAUGUUUGAUACGUUCAAUUUAUUACUAUAAGCCAGCCCUCCUAUAGCUCAUCCCAUCAGCCUCCACUGAACUUCACUCACCCUGAAUUAAAUGACUGAGCCACGAUUUGAGGACCAAUGAAAUCAGAUUCCUUCCCUCUUGCAAAGAUUGCGUCAUCAUCCCUUUCAUUUGAGGAAGAAUACUGAUUAAAUAUUUUUAUUAAUCAAUUGUUUUUGUGUAAAAAAAAAAGUUGUUAAAGUAUGACAUUACACAUUUAGUAAUGACAGAAUGCAUUUUAAACUUCACGCACAGUAUAAACACUUGUAUGAUGACAUUUUUUUCUGAUAAACGUUGGAGAAGAUGUAUUGAGAAGCACACCAAAGUCGGUGUUAAAGAUAUGUAAUAAAAGCCUAUUUCAAACUAUA